AUGAAAGUACAAAAGCUUGAUGAUUCAGUAAUCAAUCAAAUCAAGUAUCAUCUCUACUUCAAUUCUAUUGACACAAUUGUGGAAACUAUUUUGCAAAGAUGUUUCUCCUCAAAUGCAACUAAAAUUUCAAUCAAAGUCGACUUACAAUCAGUUGCAGUAUUCAUUCAAAGCAAUGACGUCGGAUACACACCUGAUCAAUUGGAGGAACUAGCUAAUAGUGAGAAAUUUGGUGGACUUGAAGUUGUAUCAAACAUUACGAUAGUUUCCAAGUCAAAGGAGUACAAAUGUCCUUAUAAAACCACCCCUGGGAAAACUUUCUUAGCACAAUUAUGCAAUGAAACUGACUUAAAGAGUAGUUACUUCAAGCCAGGGCCGAUAGGGGAUCAUGGUACAAUAUAUAUUGUAUCGAGCAUUUUCAACAAUUUACCUGUGAGACAAGCCCAACUAAAAGCAACUCCAAUUUACAAAAUCGUAAAUGAUGUCAAGUUGGCUUUACUCAAAGUCCUAUUUAGGAAAACCCGAGUGUAUGUCAGUUUGGAGUUGUAUAAUUCACAAAAAUCUACUUUCGAAGAGAUUUUAUCGACAAAUGCAGCAUCUGAUGUGAAAUUGUUGCGAGAUUUAUAUGACAUCGAAAUUCAAUUUAAGCCUGUUAAAGCUACAUUCAAAUCCUAUCGAAUUGAUGGAAUAAUUGGAUUUCAAACAAUAAGCUCCAAAAUUCACCAGUAUGUGUUUAUCAACAACAAGUUAAAGUCCUUAUCGAGAACAGAUAACGCCACAUUGAAUAAUAUCUUUGAGGAUUUCGGUGAACAGGAUCCAAGUCCAAGAAAGAAAAUGAUACACAAGUAUCCUACUUUCCUAAUUUCGAUUACAUGUGAUAAGGAUGUUACUGAGGGAUCAUAUUCUUGGUUAGUCGUGCUCGACAUAUUGAAACGAAUUUUCACGAAGUUCGUACGUAUAGGACAACUGAAACAACCAACAAAUAAGCAUGAAAUCACAUUUCUGCCGAGUCCCAAGAGAGCAAAGACUGAUAAAUUUAUUCUAAAUACAAAUGUUCGAUGGGGUGGUGUCAACAAUAGAGAAAUUGAAGGUAUGGUUGGUUGUGGGAAAUCACAGUACCUGAAGCCUCAAUUGCAACCACCGGACACCAACAAAACAACUCAUAAAUGUGACCAUGACCAUGUCACUCACAAGCUAAACGAAUACGAACACAUCCAAUUUGACAGACUACAUCUCCAAAAAUAUCGAAUUAUCAAACAAAUUGACAAGAAAUUCAUCCUUUUAGUUAUUGAUUUUAAACUAGUUGUAUUGGACCAGCAUGCAGCCGAUGAAAGAAUCAAAGUGGAAGAAUUGAUGCAAGAAUUUGUAACCAACAUGCCACGAAAUUUACGACUUGCACAACCAAUACGAAUAAAAGUAUCAUCAAGUGAGCAUCUUCUAUUGCAGCAAUAUCGCACCAAUUUUAAGUUUUGGGGCAUCAUUUACCACUCUGAUGCAGAAAACUAUGAUUUGGUAAUCACCAACGUGCCGGAACUUUUCAUUAACACUUCCAGUGAUGCUCAUUUCAUCAAGAGUAUCUUGAUCCAGCAUUGUUACGAUUUACAAAACAACAUCAAAAGUCAAAUUUUUGAGGCAACUUCUUCGGACUGGUUUACAAUCAUGCAUCAUGUUCCACAAUCUAUCACAAAUUUAAUCAAUUCUAGAGCUUGUCGAUCAGCAAUUAUGUUUGGUGAUGAAUUAACUAUGACAGAAAUGCAUCAAUUAGUUGAAAAGUUGAGUAGAUGUAGGCUACCAUUUUAUUGCGCACAUGGCAGACCAUCUAUAGUGCCAUUAGUUAAUCUACAUAGCAACGAAUAA